CAGAGAAACUUAUCCAUCUAAAGGUGUAAUAUUUUCCACACGCCGCCGGCCGCCAAAAUUAACCUUAACAUUCAAUAGUCAAAAUUGCCGUCCGGUGACUUUUGUAUAUAAGUAUCUGGAGAUAGGACUAGGCAAGUAGGCAACUCACUAACAGAAGCAGCAAAAUUAUAAAUGGCAACACAAGUGAAGCUUUUGGGAUUCUGGUGCAGCCCCUUUUCGUUUCGAGUAGAAUGGGCCUUGAAGCUGAAGGGUGUUGAUUACGACUACAUUGAAGAAGAUAUCUUUAACAAGAGCUCCACGCUACUGGAACUGAAUCCAGUUCAUAAGAAGGUUCCUGUGCUUGUUCAUGAUAACAAAGUCAUCUCUGAGUCUUUUGUUAUUCUUGAGUAUGUCGAUGAGACUUGGGAACAAAAUCCAUUGCUGCCUAAAGAUCCUUAUGAAAGAGCCACAGCACGUUUCUGGGCAAAAUUUGCUGAAGAGAAGCUUUUGGAUGCUGCAUGGACUGCAAUGUGGUCCAAAGGAGAGACAAAAGAGAAGGCAUUGAAAGACUCAAUAGAAGCAUUGGAAAAGAUAGAGGGAGAGUUCAAAGAAAAGAGGCAUUUUGAAGGAGAGAGCAUUGGGUAUUUGGAUUUGGCAGUUGGAUGGAUUGCUUACUGGCUACCCGUCUGGGAAGAAGUUGGGUCUAUGCAGAUUUUUAGCCAGGAGAAAUUUCCAGCCAUUACCGGUUGGAUGGCUAAGUUUCUCAGCCACCCACUCAUCAAAGACAACCUACCACCCAAAGACAAGAUGCAUGUUUACUUCGAGGGGCGCAGGGAUCCCAUAUAUAACUACUUCAAUCCAAAGCCAGAGGAUAAUUAAUGCUCAAAUCAAGCUUGGAAUGUAAUAAAAAAUUUAUUUAGAGAAAGUGUUAUUUUUAUGCUGAAAGUCUUGAAUUGGUAAUGAAAGAAAUGGAGGCUGUACUUAUAACUAAAUGCUAUAUAUCUACUGUUUUCAUCGUA